GCCAAAGAACUAAACAAUAUCAGUGAGGCCUUCUCCCUUCCUCCCCUCAGAAAGGCCAUCAGCCUCAACCCACAAGAUGGGUACCUGAAAGCUCUCCUUGCUCUGAAGCUGCAGGAUGUGGGAGAGGCAGCAGAAGGAGAAGAGCACCUUAAAAAAGCUCUGACCCAUGGGUCCUCACAGACCUACGUGUUCCGGUAUGCAGCCAAGUUUUACCGCAGACAGCGUCGUCCAAAUGAAGCUCUGAGGUAUUUAGAAGAGGCCUUGAACGCAACACCCAACUCUGCCUCUCUUCAUCACCAGAUGGGACUUUGUUAUAGGGAUCAAAUGAUCCAAAUAAAGAAGUCUACCAACUGGCAGCCUCAAGACCAGAGCAGAAGAGAUGUGGACAGAUUGAUUCAAUUAGCUAUAGACAAAUUUCAAACGGCUACAACACUAAAGCCCACGUUUGAAAUGGCUUAUGUUGACCUCGCUAAAAUGUAUGCAGAAAUAGGCCAGUACGAAGAGGCUGAGGAACUUUUUCAGAUAGCACUAAGCAUCAGAAACAUCGAGGAUCACAUCCUGCAAGACAUUCAUUACCACUAUGGCCAAUUUCAACAGUAUCAUAGGAAAUCUGAAGACAAAGCAAUCACUCAGUAUUUAACAGGCUUAAGAAUAGAAAAGAUGUCCUAUGCCAGGGAAAAACUCCUCAAGGCUUUACAGAAAGUGGCAGAAAGAUGGGAUAGGCAAGAGGUACGAGUUGUGGAAGCCAAAAGCCUCCUUGGGCUCAUUCACAAAUUGAGAGGAGAGCUGAUGGAGGCCCUGCUGUGUUAUGAGGAGGCUCUGAGGCUGGCUGCUGACCUCAAUGCC